CCCCCCCAAAACAACUAUGGCUCCUCAGACAACAAAGGUCUCGUCUCUGUCCAUCCAGAAGCAGUUCUUGAAGAGUUUGCUGGGAGUGUUGAGGAUGCUGCAGAUCAUCUUGGGCGCUGUGGUCUGGGUUAUUAUCGCGGUCAGCAAGUACGAUGGAGUCCUGCACUACGUGGUCUUCGUGGCUGUUUUCUUUUGGCUCACCACUCUGGCCCUCUUUUUCCUCACCUUGCUGGGCAAAAGCGACCUGGUGCCCAUCAUGGGGGGAGAGCGCUGGACCCUGACCAACGCCCUGCACGACUGGCUGGCCGUUCUCCUCUACCUGGUGGCCGCCUGCCUCAUGAGCAACAAAACCAAAGAGAAGAGCUACUGCGACCUGCCCACCUACACCCACCGCUGCGCUUACAAGAUCUACCUGAGUGCCACCGUUUUCGUCUGCCUGUGCACCCUGCUCUAUUUCGUCUCCGCUGUCUAUUGUACCUGCAAGAAAUGCCGUGGCAAUCAGUCGGUCAUCUAGAAGAAUAACCAGGAGACUUUUCCAUUGACUGCAUUUGCUAAUUUGAGUUCUUUUAAAAAAAAAUUGCUACAAUUCCCCCUCCAAAAAUGCAGAGAUGUGGCCAGUUUCUCGCUGUUCCAGGACAUUUGAUUUGGAGCCUUGCUGAAUUUCGGAUUGAGAGAUUGGCACACGCCAAAAGACUGAAAUGGAAAUUUGAUUACUACAUUCCAAGCAUUGGAAGUGACAUUUUUGUUCCUCAAUUGAAGCUGAGCAGACCCAGCAUGGAUCAUUUUCAUAUAAAUCUUAGGUAGAGGAGCACUGCUUGUGUAUGUGUGUGUGUGUGUGAGAGAGAGAGAGACUGAGAGUUUCAGCUGUUGGUCUGUGGAUUAGAUUAUAACCUUAGCCUCCUUUCUGCUCCUCCCUCACUGCCUGUUUGAGGCCCCAAAUCAGCUAUAGCAUUCCACAGAGAUUUCAGGAGCUGAAUUAAUUUCCUCUCAGCAAGCAGCAUUAAGCCACUGUUAGGAAAGGAGUCUUGGUGGCAUGGAAGAGGAGGAGAGAGAGAGAGACAGACACAGACAGGCGGGUCUCCUUCCAUAAUGACUUGUGGGCACCUGAAAUAUUUCUAAUGACAUGAAAUUCUGACAAGCACUUCAUUUUGCAGCAAUAGAAGCCUAAAGUAUCUUUAAUUCUGGGGAGGGCAAUUCUCUAACUAUAAUUGUAAUUGUUGCAGUAUUGAAAGUGCAUGUUAGACAAGAGUUGUUUCCAAGCCUCAAGUCUUUUCUCUACUAGCUGCUCCUUAGUGGGCUAGUCAGCCCUGUUACCUGUCUCCUCUAGCUCUUUGGUAUGUUACAGCUACUGUCUGAGCAGCACAAGUCUAGACAUGUGUUAGCAGUUUGCUAUGAAGCAGUUGAGAUUUUGCUAAGUAUUGCUUUUUUAAUGCAAAUUAUAUAUAUAUAUUUAUACACUCAUUUAAUGCUGUAAAUAGUAGAAGGUUGGAUAUAUUGGGACAAAGAGGUUAGAAAUUGGGCAGGAUUUCACCAGAGGGUGUAAAGAAGUUUUGGAAUAAGAAACUAGGGGGAAACUUGUGAGGUAGAUGGGGUAAUGAGCUCAGCAGGUGAUGAAAUGUUUCUGGGGAGAGCAGGGUUUGAGGAAUAUGGUGGGUGGAUGGGUCUGGGGAUAUUGUAAGAAGGUGAGACUGGCUGGGAGAUGGGGAAAAGGUGAGUAGGUGAGAUUGGGGGAUGGGGAGAAAGUGGGUGGGUGAGGUUGGGAGAUAGGGAGAAGGUGAGAAACACUAAGUUCCUUCUCCCAACCCCUCAUAAAAAAAGAAUAAGCUGUAACUCUUGACUACUCCAUAGACACCAACCCAGCAUUUUUAUAGGUGUCAAUUGUCCCUGAAUGAGCUCCCUUCCCUGUGGGGAUAAGACUAUUAGAUAAUAGUGUUUGCAGAUUUAGUAAGUAAAGUGCAUUGCACCUGUGAGCAGCAGCUCCUGGGAUUUUUCACGUGUCUUGUAUCAAAUACAAUCACUUACCCCGAAAUACAAUCACAUUUUUCAUAAAAGAACUACAAAUACAAGUACAGAUAGUAGAACAGAUACCCGCGAGAGAGGUACACGCUGGAAACUAAUUGAGGGUUUCAGGUGGUUUAUACAUAGAAUAACAGAUACCUGUGAGUGAUUUACAGAUUGGAAUCUAAUCGAGAGGUCCGGGGGAUUAUAUAUAGAAUACCAGAUCCCCGGGAGUGAGCUACAGGCUGGAAUAUAAUUGAGGGAUUCAGGGGGGGUUUAUAUAUAGAAUGACAGAUACCCAGGAGUGAGUUACAGACUGGAAUCUAAUCGAGGGGUUCGGGUGGUUUAUAUAUCGAAUAACAGAUACCUGGGAGUAAGUUACAGACUGGACUGUAAUCUAAGGGUUGAGUAGAUUUAUAUAUCGAUCAAUGGACAUCUGAGAGUGAGCUACCGACUGGAAUCUAAUCAAAGCAUCUGGGUUCUCAAUCUAUUAUUGAGAAACCUAAUUUUAUUGAUAGGUUGAGAUUGAAAAUAUCUUUAUAAUCAGCUACUGCUACCAGAAUUUGAUCUGUAAGGACAAAUUCCUCGUAAAAAUCUUUCUUUAUAUCAAGCCCCUGUCUCUUCCUGUACCAAGUAUUGGAUGCAGCCCUGUUGCUUACAAGCAUUACAGUGUGUCAUUGCAUUUAUUUAGCACAUUGGGAGCAAUAGUAAAAGCCACACUUAAAUCCAAACGCUGUAAUUCCACGAGGCACCCUUCUCAUCUCAUCUUCCUGAUUCAUUGCCUCAAAUUGAUACUUACCACUGCCACUCUCCAGUCACCUGUAUUAUGAUUCGUUACUUUGAAGUUCUGCCAGUAGUAUUGUCUUGGAGAUUCGUGUUCAACUCCAGGUCAAUACUGGAAACUACUACGUAACCGAUCAGGAGUCUAAAAGAAUUUAGGAUGUCCUUGUAGUAUUUUGGGGAAUGUUUGCAAUGCAUCUUCCAUGUAUUAUAUCUUGUGCUCUACAUUCAUUACCUGAUGCCCGUAGAUUAGGCUUUAACUGUAUUCUUGGACAUCAUGUACACACUGUAUCAAGAAUACUAUUGUCAGUGUUGUUGUAUUUAUUGUAUUGACCUAUAAAGGAUUCUUAACAAUGAGUGUUUGUUUUAUGUUGUAAUCUGCUCAAAAAUUAACUUCACAUAAACCAAAGAAAUUUGAGUAAAGUAAACAGACUUUCUCGUU